CUCGUAUGAAAUGGUAACUUGUGACUGAAUCGAAUCAUCUUCUACGAAAAAAUAGUCAUGGAUGCUGAUGGGUUACCAUUGGUGGGGCCUGGAAUCGACUAUACCAGGGUUGAAGCUAUUCAACAGAAGAGAACAAUCGCCUUCAUCAACCACUUCAUCAGCCACACGGCCAGUUUCCUCAACCGCUUCUCGUGUGUGUGCGAGGAGAAACUCGAACUGAUGUCCAACAGACUACAGCAGCUGGAGAUCUCCAUGAGCAUCCUGGAGGCGAAGUUAUCAUCAAUACCUGGUCUAGAGAACAUAACCGUAGCACAGAACACUUCAUCAGCAGAUACCUCAACCACACUGGCCACAGUGCAACCAGCCACACAGACAACCGCAGUUACUACACCUGCAGCACCCAGUGAACCGGAGGCGGCAGCGGCACCAGCUGAAGAGAAAGUGAAACCUCAGAAAACAGUAUCCCAAGAUCCGCGAUAUUCCAAGUUUUUCAAAAUGCUUCAAGUGGGGGUUCCAGCGAUGGCUCUGAGGAACAAAAUGUUGGCUGAGGGUCUCAAUCCAGACUUGAUAGAUACCCCGGACGCCCCGGCUCCUGAUGGUGGUGACAGUUCAGGUGGUGGAGCAGCAACCGCAGCGGCAAACAGUGACAGUGACGACUUCAGUGAUAAGAGCAGUGAACCAAACAGUGACAACGACGACUUCAGUGACUGAAAUAACACUUAUAUUAGUUUUAUUAUUAU